GUUGUUUGUUUACACCACAGGAAACUUCCUGCCUGUGAGUCACUUCCUGAAUUGUUAGCCUACUCGAUUUUUAAACUUUUUACUUUUCGAAAUGGGAUGCGACGGAGGAACAAUUCCUAAAAGACAUGAGUUGGUGAAAGGCCCUAAAAAAGUAGAGAAGGUUGAUAAAAAUGCAGAACUGGCAGCCAGAUGGAAAUACUGUGCCCUGAGUCAGGAGAAACUAAGACGCCCCAUCGUUGCCUGUGGCUUGGGGAGGCUGUACAAUAAGGAUGCUGUCAUUGAAUACCUUCUGGAUAAGUCUGCUGAGAGACCAAAUGCUGAAGUUGUAGCACAUAUCCGUGGGAUAAAGGAUAUAAAGGAGCUGAACUUGACCGAUAACCCUGAGUGGGAGGGAGACACGACAAAUGCUAAAGGAGAUCGUUAUGAGGAUAUCCACUGUGGCAUGUUCAUUUGCCCUGUUGUUGGAUUGGAGAUGAAUGGCAAGCACAGAUUUUGUUACCUGCAGACAUGUGGCUGUGUCUUUUCUGAUCGAGCAUUGAAGGAAGUCAAGACAGAAAUCUGCCACAAGUGUGGGGACCCUUUUCAAGAUGACGAUAUUAUUGUGCUCAACGGCACUAAAGAGGAGGUGGAGAGGCUGCGAGAGAAGAUGGAAGAGAAACGGGCCAAAUCCAAGACAAAAAAAUCAAAGAAGAGCAAGGCAGCUCAAACUGUGUCAACACCUUCAGAAUCAAAAGGUUACACAAGUUCUCCAAAAGUAGACGCAGCAGGGACGAGCUCUCUACAAAACGGAAGUGAGAGGAGCCACUCAGAUGUGGUCGAACCAUCUGCUUCCUCCAGCUCCUCUACGAGCACCAAGUCAUCCACCUCCGCCACCAAAAGAUCCAUCCAGGACAUGGGCGAGAAGUCAGAGGCCUUCAAAUCCCUGUUCACCACCCAUAGCUCCGCCAAGCGCACUAAAGAGCAGACGUCCAACUGGGUGACCCACACUCCGUAUCACUUUUAGUAACUUCCCACAUUGUUUUUUUCCAUUGAUGGAAAGGCGCCCUGUUUACACCUGGUUUUAAUAUGCGUUAUUUGGGAUCUGAUUACAAGUGGACAAAUUUAAUGCGAAGUAUGAAUUCACCCACAAUGCAUUGAGGAUGUGUUGAGAUCUAAGGGCUCAGACCACACAUCAGUGCUGCAUAUAAGGACUAUCUACUCAACCCGAAUCUUCUGUGCAAGUGAACAUACAUGCUUGUUUGCAUACCAACAGUGUCAUCAUAAAGUGAUACUACGUUAGCCUUAUAGCAUAUUUGCCUAAGUCAUACAAUAUUUGGACAAAAGUAUUGGGACACGUUGAAUUCAGGUGUUUCUUUUCUAACAGGAGUCUGGGAUACAAAACAAUCAUGGCAAAUGUUAUAAUAUAGUUU